AUGUGCAGUUGGCGCUCACUCCCAACGGAACUCCUCAUCGACAUCAUGAUCCGCCUGCCGUCUAGUGCAGUCAGAGCACUCGCUGCCACGUGCCGAUCAUCCCAUUCGCUCUGUCUCCCUGCCAUCUUCGCGAACGUCAUCCUCCCGUCCGCCGAAUCUCUCCAGGCAUUCGUUCUCCACGUCCCAAGACACUAUGGCCAAUACAUCCUCUCUCUAUCCGUCUGCACGGAGCGUAAGAGCACACACCUCGACCACUUCUCCCCCACAGACGCUCUCGUCGAGAUCCUCUCCGCGUCCUCUCGCCUUCAAUCUCUUUCCCUUUCACUCGCAUCGUCCCUCGAUCCACCAAAAAUAAUCCAAGCAUCUGAGCGGCUCGUCGUAUCUCUUGCAGCUUCCCUCCCUUCCAUCGCCCACCUCAAACUCUCCCGCAUCUCCCGAUCUGCUGCGUGUGUCGAUCUAUGCGACGUGCCCUACAAUGUUCCCAUCGCCAUGCACGACUUCGACAUUCCACCACACCCCCGUCUAGGAGCGGAUCUUGCUCUUCCUUCCCUCCUUACUAUUCCAACUCUACGAGUGCUCGAGAUACGCGACACUUGGUUGGGAGGUGAUUCCAGACUUGAUUUUGGCUCAAACGAAUCACGAUCUCCCAUCGAAAAACUCCUGCUCACAGGGAACAUGUAUACGUCGGACAACGCAGCGUUUGAUAGUGACGCGUACACAGCAUGGAUACGCGCUUGCCGCCCUUCACUACCUACACUUGCCCUGGGUACGGCGCUCGCGCCCAAGGUGGACAUCGUUCCCUUGUCACCUUCCUUAGCCUCUCGCCCAGAAAUAUCUUGGGACGACGAGGAAGCAGAGCUGCCGCAAAUGUCUCAUCUACACAUCGAUGCGUCCCUUGUAACCGUGGAUACCCUUCCUUCCACGAUGGAGGUCCUCAGCAACUGCGGAAUCACUCGUGUUACUAUCUCCUAUGGCGACGGUACUCCGCCACCCGAACCACUGAGUGAGGAAGACGAUUUCACACAUCAGUGCGCAUUGGACGACCUCAAGGAAUGGCAAGAUACCGUAGAGGAGUUUCUCGGAUCACUGGAAAGCGGACAGUGGCACGCAUUGAGGCAGAUUGAAGUUACCUUUGGGAAGGACGUGAGGGCGAGGUGGGAGCUGUAGCAUUUUUGGAGAAUGAACAUCGACAAGCACUGCUG